ACCUUGCGAGGUACACAAUUCAUAAGUUAACCUAAUGAGCUAGACCAGCGGGUCCAAGCGACAUUAGUUAAAGGCGGUAGAAUUGUGUUUUCCGCUUUAUUUAAGAUUUCAAACACAAUAAUAGUUUUUAAUUGUUUCAAUCAAUAUUAAAUAUGUCAAAAACUGAAGAUUCUACAGAAGCAACUGCAGAAGCUUCUGAAACAAUGGAAGAAGUUGAAAAUGUGAGUAAUUUAUUUAAGGUACUUGGUCAAAAUGAAUCAUCCUCAGAUACAACAUCUAAAGGUGAAGAAUUUGAAGUUAAAGUCGCUUCAGAUCGUGGUAAAAGAUUCGAUUUUCUAUUAAAACAAACCGAAAUCUUUUCCCAUUUCAUGAAUCAGUCUAAAACGCCAACGAAACCUAAAACUGGAAGACCAAAAAAGGAAAAACCAGAUACCUCGGAUUUGAGACAUAGGAAAACCGAACAAGAGGAAGAUGAAGAACUCUUGGCCGAAACCAACACUAAAACAAAACCAACGACUCGUUUUGAAGCAUCACCACCUUAUAUUAAAAAUGGUGAAAUGAGAGAUUACCAAAUCCGUGGUUUAAACUGGAUGAUCUCCUUGUAUGAAAAUGGUAUUAAUGGUAUCUUAGCUGACGAAAUGGGUCUGGGGAAAACUUUACAAACGAUAUCUCUUCUUGGUUUUAUGAAACAUUACAAGAAUACUCCCAGUCCUCAUAUUGUUAUCGUUCCUAAAUCAACAUUGUCAAAUUGGAUGGCUGAAUUUAAAAAAUGGGCUCCUAGCUUACGAGCUGUUUGUCUUAUAGGAGAUCAGGAAGCUAGAAGUACAUUCAUUCGAGAUGUGUUAAUGCCGGGAGAAUGGGAUGUUUGCGUAACUUCUUACGAAAUGUGUAUCAAAGAAAAAUCUGUAUUUAAAAAAUUCAAUUGGCGUUACAUGGUGAUCGACGAAGCGCAUCGUAUCAAAAACGAAAAGUCUAAACUAUCAGAAAUUCUCAGGGAAUUCAAAACUACCAACAGACUUUUACUGACCGGAACCCCGUUACAAAAUAACCUCCACGAGCUUUGGGCCCUUUUGAAUUUCUUGCUGCCGGACGUAUUUAAUUCUUCUGAUGAUUUUGAUGCGUGGUUUAAUACUAACCAAUGUCUCGGAGAUAAUACUUUGGUGGAAAGAUUGCAUGCCGUACUUAAACCGUUUUUACUGAGGAGAUUGAAAUCUGAAGUUGAAAAAAAAUUAAAACCGAAGAAGGAGAUUAAAGUUUACGUGGGUUUGAGUAAAAUGCAGAGAGAAUGGUAUACGAAAGUUUUGAUGAAAGAUAUAGACAUUGUUAAUGGUGCAGGAAAGGUAGAAAAAAUGCGACUUCAAAAUAUUCUAAUGCAAUUGAGAAAAUGUACAAAUCACCCAUAUUUGUUUGACGGUGCUGAACCUGGACCACCAUAUACCACCGAUGAACAUCUCGUUUACAAUUGUGGAAAAAUGGUAUUACUGGACAAACUUCUACCUAAAUUAAAAGAACAGGAUUCUAGAGUACUUAUAUUUUCCCAAAUGACACGUAUGUUGGAUAUAUUAGAAGAUUAUUGUCAUUGGCGUCAAUAUCAAUACUGUCGUUUGGAUGGUCAGACACCUCAUGAAGACAGACAGCGACAAAUCAACGAAUAUAACGAAGAUAAUAGCACCAAAUUUAUUUUCAUGUUAUCAACAAGAGCCGGCGGUUUGGGUAUCAAUUUGGCUACGGCCGAUGUUGUUAUCAUCUACGAUUCAGAUUGGAAUCCGCAGAUGGAUCUACAAGCUAUGGAUAGAGCUCAUAGAAUAGGACAAAAGAAACAAGUUAGAGUAUUUAGGUUUAUAACGGAAAACACCGUAGAAGAAAAAAUCGUCGAAAGGGCCGAAGUUAAAUUGAGGUUAGAUAAACUGGUUAUACAACAAGGUCGUUUGGCCGAUUCUAAAGGACAAACUUUAAAUAAAGACGAAAUGUUGAGUAUGAUUAGACACGGUGCCAAUCACGUAUUCGCUUCUAGAGAUUCCGAAAUAACCGACGAAGACAUCGACACCAUAUUAGAAAAAGGAGAAAUGAAGACGGCGCAAUUGGCCCAAAAAAUGGACGUUCUAGGUGAAUCCUCACUUCGUAACUUUACGGUAGACACACCGACCGAAUCGGUAUACCAAUUCGAAGGAGAAGAUUACCGAGAAAAACAAAAAACGAUCGGUUUAAGCAACUGGAUAGAACCGCCGAAAAGGGAACGUAAAGCCAAUUACGCUGUAGACGCUUAUUUCAGGGAAGCGUUGAGGGUAUCGGAACCUAAAGCUCCCAAAGCACCGCGUCCCCCCAAACAACCGAUCGUACAAGAUUUUCAAUUUUUCCCGCCGAGAUUAUUCGAACUAUUAGAUCAAGAAAUUUAUUUUUAUAGAAAAUCUUUGGGUUAUAAAGUACCGAAGAAUCUCGAAUUGGGACCGGACGCUUCGAAGCAACAAAAAGAAGAACAAAGGAAAAUCGACGAUUCGGAACCGUUAACAGAAGAAGAACAACAAGAAAAGGAAACUUUAUUGACGCAAGGCUUUACUAAUUGGAGUAAACGAGAUUUCAAUCAAUUUAUCAAAGCUAACGAAAAAUACGGUAGGGACGAUAUCGAAAAUAUUGCUAAAGAUGUCGAAGGUAAAACGCCUGAAGAAGUUAUGGAAUAUUCCGCCGUUUUUUGGGAGAGAUGUCACGAAUUACAAGAUAUCGAUAGGAUAAUGGCGCAAAUAGAAAGGGGAGAAGCCAAGAUACAGAGGAGAGCGAGCAUCAAGAAAGCUUUAGAUGCCAAAAUGGCGAGGUAUCGAGCACCAUUCCAUCAAUUAAGAAUCUCUUACGGUACCAACAAAGGUAAAAAUUACAUGGAAGACGAAGAUAGAUUUUUAGUUUGUAUGUUACACAAACUCGGUUUCGAUAGGGAAAACGUUUACGAAGAAUUACGUGCCGCCGUUCGAGCUUCCCCACAGUUUAGAUUCGAUUGGUUCUUGAAAUCCAGAACGGCGAUGGAAUUACAAAGGAGAUGCAAUACUUUAAUAACCCUCAUCGAAAGAGAAAACGCCGAAUUGGAGGAAAGGGAAAAGAACGAUAAAAAGAAGAAAGUUUCCAAAUCUACUAGCUUGGGAGGUACGCCGACACAGAUGAGCUCAAAAUCGUCUCAAAAAAGGAAGAACGAUGGUUCCACUGGUGGUGUGGAAAAGAAGAAGAAGAAAAAAUGAAACUCGUUUUUUUUAUCAUCAAGAUUUACACACGUUUGAUUGUAUUGUAUGAACGUUUUGAGUAAAAGUAUUUUGUAUUAGAGUUAGAUAAAUACA